AUGGGCUGCCUAGGCUGGGUUGGCCCCACUUGUCAGCUGCCCACGCGACAGACGCGUUUUCUGAAACUCGAGCACCGCGAUCGAGGUUACUGCGAUCAGGUUGCCGACAGGGAGCACAUUUGCGCGGGGAGUUGCUCCUCUGAACAACACGUCGCUCAUUUCACGUCUCACAGGUCCACGGGUGGCCGAUGGGACACCAUGGGCACGCCGCUGCCGAGUAAUAAAAACUACGACGACGACGACGAGGUCAAUUUCGACCCGUCGUUGUUCGACUCGGCCCAACCAUUUAAGGGAGUCGUCAUCUGUUGCACCAGCAUCCCCACCGAUCUUAGGGCUGAUAUCGCUGCCAAAACCACCGAGUUGGGCGGCGUCCACAAGUACGACUUGACCCCUGAUUGCACCCAUUUGAUAGUUGGCGAGUAUGACACGCCAAAAUACCGUCACGUCGCGAAAGAGCGCCCCGAUAUCAGAGUCAUGGCCGCAGGCUGGGUCGAGGCUGUUCGCAACCUAUGGAUUCAAGACGCCGAGAUUGACUUCCUUGCCUUAGAGAAGGCCUGGCAACUUCGCCCCUUUGAAAUUGGCGGAGGCGAGCUUACCCCCGAUGGCUCUGUGGCCCCACGUCGCAAGCUGCUUUGCUGCAUGACUGGCUUUGAAGAUCCAGACAUUCGCCAGGAAAUUGUCGACAUGAUCGAGUCGAAUGGCGGCCAAUAUAUAGGGGACCUCACGAAACGAGUCACCCACUUGAUUGUAUACAAGCCGGAGGGUCGUAAAUACCAGGCCGCGAAGAAUUGGGGCAUCCAUACCGUCUCGCUUGAAUGGCUCCGUGACAGCAUUGAGCGCGGUUUGAUCCUAGACGAGAAGUUAUACGACCCUCUCCUGCCCCCAGCAGAACGUGGUGUCGGUGCCUGGAACAGGCAAAAGAGGCGCAUCUCAUUGCUAGGAAAGAGGCUUAGAGAACAGAGCUCUGCGCAGAAUGAGGGAAAGAGAAAGCUGCGCAAGACUGCAAGUAUGAAAUUGAGUAGCCAAAGAGACAACCUCUGGGAAGACAUUCUUGGAAAGCCUUCGGCGUCAGCAACUGGUUUUGCUAUUGAGCCUCAGCAGCAAAAGGCCUUGACAACUCCAGCACCCGAUGGCCAAACAGCGCCAAUACAGCAUGCAUCAGCAGGCCGAAAAGCGGCUGAAACCCAAGGCUCGAAUUUAACUUCACUCGGAGUCUCGGACGAUGGCGGCAUAUUCGCCGCCUGCUGCUUCUAUGUCCAUGGGUUCUCAUCGCAAAAGACGGAAAUCUUGGUGCAUACGAUUGCGUCGCUCGGCGGCCUCAUCUGCCACUCGCUCGACGAGGUCAUCUCGAUGUCGGGUGCCCAGAUGACUCACCGAUUCCUCAUUGUACCGCAGACCUCCGCCCCUGAUACGCAUCCUCAUGUCCCAGAAACUGUCCACGUCAUUACUGAGUUCUAUAUCGAAAAGUGCCUACAUAGGAAAUAUUUCUUCGACCCCUCUCAACACGUCAUUGGCCGCCCUUUUCCUCGGUUCCCUAUACCCGGCUUUGAGGAGUUGUCGAUAUCCACCUCCGGAUUUACCGGCGUCGAUCUCAAUCAUAUCAACAAGACCAUCUGCCAGCUUGGAGCCACAUACGAAGAACGAUUCACAGCUAGCGUGUCCUUGCUGAUAUGCCCCUCACUAGCUGCAGCUCGCAAGGCCAAGGUUGACAUGGCGGUGGCCUGGAAAGUGCCCGUGGUGAGCGCAGAUUGGCUGUGGGAGUCUAUCUGCACAGGGUACAAAGCACCCAUCAAACAGUUCAUGUUUCCAGAGUUGAAGCAAGACAUUAGCAGCCCCAAAAGGAUGACAACACGGUACAAAACAGCAAAAGAAACCCCACAAGGAAAAGAUACCACAUUUUCAACGAGACGCACUACAAAUAUUGAUGAAGAUUUACUCCCCAAACAUGACGUGAAGCUCAAACGGCCAUUUGCGCCGGACAAGACAGCAUUUGUUCCGGUCGAUAAGCAAGAUUCGGAGCCACAGGCGGGGAAGCGCCCUUCAAGCGCUCAACGCAAUGACCUGGAAACCUCUACAACAACGCAUUUUGAAACUGCAGCUACACAUCUAGCCUCGGAGGAUGCCACCAUCAGUUUCAAGACCAAGACCCUCCCUUCUGGUGCUCCCCUUUUGGAAAAGACGUCCAGCUCCCUGAAUACCUCUCUAUCCCCCCCAAAUCAGGUCAUUCCACGGCCUCGAAAGCAUUUGAUGCGGACAUCGAGCGAAGUAGCCGAUUCUGAAGCCACCGAGGGUGAUAUUGGUCGGCCGGAUGACAUCCAGUUUCCUGAGAACUUGGCGAGCAAGGACAGCUCUCAUGACCCUCCUAACCCUCCUGACGCUCUCAAUCCCGACCAUGAUCCGGAGGUUUUAGAGAAGCGCAUCCAAGAGGAAAAGGCUGCUCAGGAGCAUCUUGCUAUCUCUAAUAAACUAGUUACAUCCCUACUGGACACAACUUCCAAACUGGGCACCGGGGAAACUGCCACAGCUCCAACAACUCCAGCGGCUCCAGCAACAAAUGGGCCCUCCGCCCUGGGUUCCUUCCUUGAAAACAAUAACUCUAGCAUCAGCAACGCAACCGCUGAUGAAAUUCGAGCAAAACGCCGCAAACGUGACAUUUUUGGCCGCGCCAUCAGCAACGUUUCCAUUGCUAGCAGCACCGGCGGCGACGUUCCGCUGACUCCUACUACCACGAUGACCACCAACGUCGCCACCAGCAAUAACAAACCUCAUAGACUUACCUCGGCGCCAGCAACCUCUUUAGCGGGCGAUGAAGGGGCCACUGCUGCGUGCGACAAUGCGAAGACCAGCGCCCGACCUGAGAAUAAAAAUGGUAAAGAUCCAACCCUUCCUUCGUCGACACAACUCGAGUAUGAAGACCCUGAGGCCCGGCGGUACAAAGCUGAGCUUUUGAGCAAGAUGCUAGGCGGCAAAAAUGGCGCGGUUGCGUACAUAGAAGAGGAUCCACGGCCACAGGAGAAGCUUACUCUUGCUAGCAUGGGUGGGUAUGAUACCUUUGCUGAAAGUGGGCGGGGUGGCCCGAUGAGGAGGUCGACGAGAAGGAAAUCUUGA